AUGCCGUCCCUUACUGUCGCGCAAUUCAUUGCCGUUUCGGCACUCGCUCUAGGUAGUGUUGCUGCUCCGACAACUACAAUCUCAGCCGCGCUUUACGCCGGCUCCGAAACCGCCGAUUCGUUUCCACAGACCGACACGGCUGCCGAUUCAUCCCUGUUCCCGCCGGAAAGUGUAGUUGGCUUUCCUGGCCCUACGCCGACUGGCCUUGAGCCCGCGGCAGUACAGACGGCGCCCGCGUACCCAUACAAUGAGGGCGAUGCCAACCAGUUCCCGCUGAUCAAUCCUCAGCCGCACGGAAGCAGUGCCGAGUCCACGUUUGACAUUAGCAAGUAUUGGGGGAAUCUCUCGCCAUGGUACAGUCUACGCUCUGCCGAUUAUGGACUGCCCGAGGCGAACCCAUUGAUCCCCGAGGGCUGCGAAAUCACGCAAAUGCAUCUGCUCUAUCGUCAUGGUGCCAGAUACCCUACCAGUAAUGCAGCUCCUCCAACCUUUGCUCAGAAGCUGGCCAACGCCACUGAGAACGGCUUCUCCGUAUCUGGCGAGCUCGCUUUCCUCGGGAAUUGGACGUAUAAGCUGGGCGCCGAGCUCCUCACUCCCUUCGGACGCAGUCAAAAUUUCCUCCUUGGGGUUGCGUACCGCCAGCUGUACGGAAACUUGCUCAACAACUUCACCGAAGCAGGCACCAUACCCGUCUUUCGUACACAAUCCCAAGACCGCAUGGUCAAGACGGCCCAGAACUUCGCUGCGGGUUUCUUUGGCGUCCCUGAAUUUCUUGACCAGGUCAAUAUUGAAAUUCUGGUGGAAAACGCCACAGUGAACAACUCUGGCGCCCCAUACGACGUGUGCCCGAAUUCAAACAUCAAAAGUCGGGGAAGCAUCGGUAGCACAGUUGCUGCACAGUUUGCCAACCAUGCGUUCAAUGCCACAAUCGCUCGCCUGCAGUCACAAAUCUCGGGGAUCAAUCUUACCUCCACCGAUGCCGUUGCGAUGCUUCAGCUUUGCUCUUACGAAACGCACGCUCUCGGAUAUUCUGCCUUUUGCAACCUGUUCAGCCAACAAGAUUUCCUGAACUAUGAGUACUACUACGACUUGUCUUUCUACUACAACAACGGCCCCGGCUCUCCCGUAGCUGCUGCGCAAGGCAAGGGUUACCUCGAUGAAUAUAUCGCUCGUUUCACGGGAGAAUACCCACAAGCGAAUUCAGCACUAAACGAAACCUUCGACAACACAUCGACUUACUUCCCGCUCAAUCAAUCAAUUUAUGCAGAUGCUACGCAUGAAGUUGUUGUUCUUGAUACGCUAACCGCCUUUAACCUUACUGCAUUGUUCGAAGGUCCGCCCCUGAGUGCCACCGGAAACCGUGGCCUGAACAGCUUCGUAGCUAGCAAGCUCGUAGCAUUCGCCACUCACUUUACCACUCAGGUACUAUCUUGCCCUGCUUACCAGCCAGCCAAGCAAAUCCGUUUCAUUAUCAACGACGCCGUCAUUCCGAUUAGCACUUAUCCUGGCUGCCCCGAGGACCCAAACGGCCUCUGCUCGUUCGACAACGUUGUCUCGGUCCUCAAGAACCGAAGCAGCGAGAUCAAUUUCAAUUACGACUGUUUCGCCAACUACACCGCCUCUCCGGGCAUGGAUUACAACGGCAGGGCACCAAGCUCUUAGGAAAGCUCUUCUGCUGGACCCUGUAGCAAAAAUGCUACGUGCAUCUUGAUGUCUAGAGACGCGACGAUGUUAGAUAACACUGUAUACAGACGUCACCGUCUGGAAGUACGACCCGGUCAAGGUACAGUUGUAGCACAUAGGCUAGCCUAGAAAUC